CCUCCCUCAGGAUGAAGGAAUAGCUCCUCCAGAGGUGGGAGUUAACUAUUUACCGGACAGGGUCCUCUGCCAAAUGUUCCCUGUUCACUCGAAAAAGGUGUUUCCCAGAUGGCUGAAUAAACUUGGUCUGGCAUCUAUUCAGUAUGAACCCACAGAGGCUCAUACAGCUGAAUGCUACAGUGAGGCCAGUGAUCACGAGGAGUCCACUGACACGCCUCCACCGCCAUACUCUGAGCACCACACCCAAGCUGUAGCAAAUGCCAGUGGUCCAUCGGCCACUGUGCACCAGGGAAGCCUUCCUUCUCCAUAUUCCUCCCCUGUUCCUAGUGAAGCCACUGGAACCCUCUCCUCCCCCGUCAGUACAAUGACCUCCCACAGCUCUGUCUCAUCUCUGGCCAAGCAUAGACGGUCUUGGCUAGACCUUGUCUCCCAGGCAACCCCUACUGCUGGUGAAACUGUGGUCUGCUCUGCUGUGGUCCAUACAAUGAGCACCUCAAUAAAGGAAACCUCACAACAUCGUGAAGCCACAGCUCCAUCUCAAGACCCCCUUGGAUGCUCAUCUAGCACAUCACCUAUGGCAAUAUCCACAGAGCCAGAGGAACCAGAAACACAGCUGAUCUCAACUGACACCAGACAAGAAAUUCUAGAUGGACAGGAAGGAACUGAUGAUGAGAUGGAAAGAUUGUACUUACAUUUGAAAAGAGCGAGUUUGUCUCCAACGGGUGAGCGGAAGCCAUCAUCAAAAUGGGAAUUACGAGCCUCAUUUAUAAAGCGUUCCAAAAACCAGACACUCAAUGAGAAGAUACAUCUCAUCAGAACCCUCAACAGCACUCUAAAG